AUGCCCAAAAUUGAAAAUACUACGGGAAUGCCAAUAAAUUUGAUUAUUGAUGAACUAAAAAGUGAUGACAUACGAAAAAGGAUUCAUUCAGUCAAGCAUUUAGAUUUAAUUGCUAGUACAAUAGGUCCAGAUAGAACAAAAAAUGAACUCAUUCCGUUCAUUUAAGAAUUGCUGGAUGAUGAUGAUGAAGUACUGAUAGAAUUGGUAGAUUCACUAUCAAGAAAUUUUGUGGAGCUUGUAGGAGGUUAAGCAUAAGUCCUACUGCCUACAUUCGAAGCAUUGUGCAGAGUAGAAGAUGCUUCAGUAAGAGAAAAAGCUGCCAAUCAAAUCAAAAAAUGUCUAACUCAACUUCCAGACUAAAAGAAAGUAGAAGAAUUAUCAAUUGGAAUUAUAAAGAGAUUAAACGAUAGCGAUUAUUACAUGGCUAAGAAUGCAGUAGCAAUUUUAAUACCAGCAAUCUUUAAUUAAGUUUCAUAGAAUAAUUAGAAUGACUUAAUAAAUAUCAUACUCAAAUUGUCUUAGGAUCAAAUACCUCAAGUUAGAAAAUUCACAUCCAUGUAUUUUCAGGAUUUGGUUAAACAUUUCCCAUUAAUAAACGAAACCUUCAUCCAAAACAUAUUGAAUUCCUUCAUUAAAGACGAACAAGACUUCAUUAGAAUGUACAUAGUAGAUGCAUUAAUACAAUCAAGCAAAACUCCUUUCUUCCAAAAAUAAUAAAACUUUAUUCUAAACAUGUUUAAAUAACUAGCUGAAGAUCAAUCAUGGAGAGUCAGAUUCUACUUUUGUGAUAAAUUGGCUGAGAUAGGUGAAGCGGUAACCAAAGAUGGCUACAGAAAGAAUUUCUAAAAUUACCAUCUCAAGUUCUUAUAAGAUGCUGAACCUGAAAUGAAAUCAAUAGCAGCAUUGAAAAUCGAAAGAGUCAGCGGUCUCAUGGAUCCAGAAGAUAUCCUAAACAAACUAAUCCCUCUUUUGAAAACAAUACAGUCUGAUACAAAUGCAUUUGUUAGAAACGCUCUAGCCUCUUCAGUCUUGGCAUUAUGUCCAAUUAUUGGUAAGAAGAAUACAAGUGAACAAAUCUUGCCAAUCUUUUUGACCCUACUCAAAGACUAAGAUUCAGAAGUCAGAAUAACCCUCUUUAAGAAAUUAAGUCUAAUCACAAACGUAUUGGGUGUAGAUUCAUUAUCCCAAAGUGUUAUUCCAGCUUUGACAGAAUUAGCACAAGAUAAGAAUUGGAGAAUUAGAGCUUCCACUAUCGAAGUCUUGAGUUUCUUCGCAAGAGCCAUUGGCCCUGAAUUUUUAUCUGAUAAAGUUCUGAAAUUGCUAUUGGAUUGGAUGGGUGACAAGGUCUCUUCAGUUAGACAAACAGCUAUAUAAUAAACAGCCUAAUUGAUAUCUAUUCUUGGAUUGGCUUGGGCAGACAAAAACCUAUUAACAAAAAUAUGGGCAUUUUAAUCAAUUUAAAACUACCUUCAUCGAUUAACUGUUUUAUUCACAAUCAAUCAAAUUACUUCUUAAUUAACCAAUGAUUACAUUUUAAAAACUAUAGUCCCCAUUUUAUAAGCGAUGGCCAAGGAUUCAGUUGCUAACAUUAGAAGCAAUGUUUGUAGAACAUCCAUAUAAUUGGCUAAGGAAAAGGGAGGUAAUAUUGCCGAUCCUAUGAAAAAAAUUCUAUAAACUCUUAGUGAUGAUUAAGAUGCAGAAGUCAAAUACUAAGCAAAAAGCGCAUUAGAAUCAUUGUGACUUACAUAAUGGUUAAUAAAUUAUAAAAUAUAAUUAAAUAUUCCUUCUUA